CCGCAGAUGUUUCGCGUGUAAACAGUUUUGCCCCGAAUAGCUUUUUAAAUUGUGAGGAAAACAAACCCAGUUUUACCUUAUUUUACAGAUUCUGUAAAUGUGAUAAAAACUGAACUGAGCCAGGACUUUGAAGAACAAAAUGGCUGCUCAAACCUACAUUUCCAUCUCUGAGCUGCAUCCCAAUUUCUCUCAUCCGAAAGUGGCAGGAAUCGUCAUCGGGAAAGCUGAUGUGAAAAGCUUCCCUGACAGAAAAAAUGUUGGAACAGACAGAUUCACUUUUGGCUUCACCAUUAAGGACUCACCUGACUUCUUCAUUAAUGUCACAGCCUGGGGAAACGGUGGCUAUAUCAACGGGCUCUCCAACAGCUUCAGCAUUGGAGACUGUGUCACCAUUGAAAAUCCUUUGGUUACCAACAAAGACCCAGAGAAAGGGGAGAGAUUCUGUCCUACAACACCAAGCCACUACAGGCUGCUGGUGACGGAGGCUCAUUCCUGGGUAUGUCUGUGUGCUGACAUGGGCACCAUCGACAGGCUGCUGCCACUGAUCCACCUGCCAGUCAAGGACCCCAGAGAUUUCUACUCUCUGGGAGACAUAGUGGCAAAUGGCCAGCGGCUGGACGGCACAGUGAUAAAUAUACUGGCUGCACUGAAAUCGAUUGGAGAGCCGAAGCAGUUCACCACUUCAGACGGACGCAAAGGGCAGAGGCUGGAAGUCAAGCUCUUUGAUGACUCUGUCUCUUCCUUCCCCCUCGUCUGCUGGGACAGAGAAACCAUUCAGCUUGUGCAAACUUGGAUACCCAAGGAGACGGUUCUCUUCAUAGCUGAUGCAAAGAUUAGCUUUGACAGCUUUCGCAGCGGCAUGGCAGCAACCGUUAACUCGAAGACCAUUAUCACUGUCAACCCCGACACCAGGGAGGCCAGCCUGCUGUUCAGCUAUGCUAAAGAAGUGUCUGAGUCAGGAACUCUGGAUCAAGAUGAGAAGACUGAGGAUGUGCCUGUGGAUGCCAUCAUCGAUGUGUACACAGUGAGCCAGCUGAAGCAGAAGGCCCAGGAGAAUCCCGAGGCUUUCUUUGGUAUCACAUAUAGCUUCAUAUCCAAGCUCGACCUCGAUUCCUCUGUUUCAAAAGUCAUCAGGACACGGUGCUCCAGGUGUAUGUUCCAGGUGACUGAGGAUGCACAGAGCUGCACAAACCACCUGUGUCCAGGGAGCGAUCAGGCCUUGUCAGCCACCACGGGCUUUGAUCUGCUGGUGGACUUCACAGACCACACCGGGACCCUGCACGCCUGCACCCUCAGAGGUCCAGUGGCAGAGAAGACACUUGGCUGCACGACAGACGAGUUCACCAGUUUGACUGAUGACGAGCGAACUGCAAUGAAGUGGAAAUUUCUUUUGGAGAGAUGCAAAAUAUAUGUUAAGAUCCUCCCUUCCAUUAAGACGAGGACUGGGAUCAGAGGAGUGGUUGUGGCCUGCUCACUGGCUGACCCAGGGGAAGUGAAACAGCACAUGUCUGCCAUGUGCCUGUGAUCAGCACACACACCAGCCAAACAGGAAAACACAUUGCAGCUGCAGUUGUCUCCGUUAUCUACUGUUUUUUUGCUGUUCUGAUUAAGAUGUUAAUAAGGGAAAUAGUCAUUUACUCAUGUGCUUUGUGUUUUGUGGGUAGUUAAAUUAUCUGCACUAUUUAUUUAACUUAUUUAUUUAAAUAUAUAUACUUAAGAAUGUACCGUU